AUGGUUGUGCAAAAAGAACAGCAGUUUCAAGGAGAAGUUCGCUCGACAAAUAUAACCAAUGCUAAAGCCUUUGUUGUUGUCAAUGAACAAAAUUCAUUUCGAAUGAACACUGCUGGAGGAGAUUUUAGAGGAAAAGGAUAUAAGCGAAGAACCAGUGCAUCACAUAAUGUGAAUAAUGUUGUGCAGGAAACGCGAAAUGAACAAGGAGAAAAGAACGAUAAUGCUUCUGGAGUGUUGUUUUCUAGUGAUCAAUAUCAACAUCUCUUAAGCUUAUUAGAUAAGAAUGCCACAAUUUCUAAUCCAACAAUGGAUACCACAAACUUAUUAGAGCAACACUUGUCAACCGAGUUUGAAAUGAAGGAUCUAGGCGAGUUAAAGUAUUUCCUUGGAAUUGAAAUAACAAGAUCAAACCAUGGAAUCUUUCUAUCACAAAGAAAGUAUGUCUUGGAUCUACUAGCCGAGACUGGGAUGCUGGCUUGCAAGCCAGUGGAGACGCCAAUAGAGAUGAAUCAUGCACUGGGGAUACAUCCGGAUCAGGUGGCAACAGAUAUUAACCGAUAUCAGAGGUUGGUAGGAAGAUUGAUCUACCUAUCUCACACUAGGCCAGACAUAGCCUAUGCAGUGAGUGUAGCGAGCAGGUCUAUGCAUGCCCCUAGCGUGGACCACAUGAAUGCAGUAUACAAGAUUCUUAGGUACCUUAAAGGUUCACCUGGGAAGGGAUUACUAUUCUCAAAAAAUGAGAACCACGACAUAGAAAGAUUUACCGAUUCAGAUUGGACAGGGGAUAAAUCUACCCGGCAAUCCACUUCAGGGUACUUUACCUUUGUGGAAGGAAACUUGGUAACUUGGAAAAGCAAAAAACAAAAGGUUGUUGCAAGGUCUAGUGCAGAAGCAGAGUUUAGAGGGAUGGCACACAGUGUUUGUGAAUUAUUGUGGAUUAAGAGUGUAUUAAAGGACUUGGGAAUAUGUUAUGAGCAGCCAAUGAAGCUACAUUGUGACAAUAAAGCAGCCAUAGAAAUUGCUCACAACCCUGUCCAACAUGAUAGGACUAAGCAUGUUGAGGUGGAUCGACAUUUUAUCAGGGAAAAACUAUAUCAAAAAGUAAUCCAAUUCCCAUAUGUGAAAUCUGAAGAUCAGUUGGCAGAUGUAUUGACCAAAGCGAUUUCUGGAAGAAUGUUUGAAGAAGCAAUUAGCAAGUUAGGCAUAAUUGACAUCCAUGCACCAACUUGA